GUUAUAACCUGAUUGGCUAUCGCGUCUCCUUUUACUACGCGGCAAACGUUGCCACGUUCUGUGUGCAAAAGCCAUAUUACUGGAAAUGUAUAAAAUACGUUACAUGAAUUAUACGAUUUCAAUACUGGAAGCAAAUUUUAGAAUGCAGUCUAUAAAAUAUCAAAAAAUUGUACAUACACAAUACACAUCAUUUUGCAUUUGGACACGAACUCUUUAAUGCAACAUCUUUGCCAUACCAUACGAAUGAUGUUCUAUCUUUAUCCAACUUUUAAUAAAUAAGAAAGAUAGAACAACGUAUGUGUGCACACCUUGGACAGAGAUGUGUCACAUAACCUAAAGGCGAGAUUGACACAUCAAAUUUUCUUCAUCAAAAAAAAAAAAAAGAAAAAGAAGAAGACUUAAAAAUGGAAAAUGAUAAUCCUGUCAUAUAUGGACUCGAAUUCCAAACUAGAGCACUAUCUGCUCAAACAGCUGAGACCGAUGCUGUAAGAUUUUUGAUAGGAACACAAUCUUUAAAUUUUAGCAAUAAUCAAGUUCACUUGGUGGAACUUAAUGAGGAAACAGGAAAUUUAAAGACUCAAGUAUUUCAGCAUCCACUAGGAGAAAUUUGGUCCUUACAGGCUUCUCCAACUGAAUCUGAUGUAUUUAUUACAUGUUAUAAUCAUUUGAAUGAGGAAGGCACUUGCCAAAUGAAAGGAGCUAUCUGGAAAUUUCCCGAGAUAAAAGAGUACACGAAUGACAUUUUACAACUCAAUAAAUUAGCAGAUAUUGAUACAACCCCAUAUGGCACUGAUCUUAAAACUAUUGCCUAUCAUCCUAUAGACUGUAAAAAGAUUGUUUCUGUGGUAGAUAAUAAUUUUGCUUUGUGGGAUUUAACAAACAAAGGACCACAGGUAGCAGCAUCUGGUACUUUGGCAGGCAAAGGUCAGCCACGAUUUACAAAUGGUAAAUGGAAUCCUCAUAAUGGUGCCAAUCAGUUUGUAACUUUGAAUGAAAAUAAUGUACGUGGAUGGGAUUUUAGAAGCCCAGCCAAUGCUGCUUGGUCUAUUUUAUCUGCACAUUCGCAAAUCAUUAGAGAUUUGGAUUUUAAUGCAAAUCGUCAGUAUUUUCUAUCCACCUGUGGUGACGAUGGAUACAUGAAAUUUUGGGAUAUUCGAUUACCAACAGAACCGGUACUAUCACGUAUGGAACAUUCGCAUUGGGUAUGGAACAUAAGAAUUAAUCGUUUUCACGAUCAGCUCGUUUUAACAUCCAGCAGUGACUCUAGAGUGAUUUUAUACAGUAUUGCGUCUAUCUCGUCUGAACCAUUUGGACAUAUAGUGUCGAUUGAAGAUGAAUUUGUUUCGCAAAAUGACGAAUCUUGCGGAAAAAGAAAAUUAGAAGAUGGUCUUGUAGGAAGAUACGAAGAGCACGAAGAUAGCGUAUAUGCAGUGGAAUGGUCGUCUGCCGAUCCAUGGACAUUUGCAUCUCUUAGUUAUGAUGGUAGGUUAGUUCUUAACAAAGUACCACGUAAAUAUAAAUAUCAAAUACUUUUAUGAAUCUAUUAUAAAUUAUUAUGAUAAAACUAAAUUAUUUGAUAAAAUGAAAGAAAGGAUAUAUAUAUUAUCUCAAUAAUAUUAUCGCAUUUAUUAAAAGCUCCGCAACCACAUUUCUAAUUUGUAUGCAUUUGUUACCAUAUAUAUGGUAUGCAUAGAAUAAAUAUAUAUUACAUAAAUUAUA